GCCCAGGGGCACCACUCGGGGGUCAGUCAGAGGGCUGGUCAUAGUCCGCACCUCAGACAGCUCUCCGCUCUGCCCAAGCCUGGCUCCUUCCCCCUCCAUCUCCUCCUGGAACUUGGGACCCAGGAAGAUUUUAAGAUCAUCCUGCCCUCUGCAGCCAAGUCUCUUCCAGGGGUCCCGGGGAGUCCAGUGGGUCCAGCAUCCCGGCAUGGCAGAGCCCGACGAGCCCCCCAGGGCGGGGGACACCGACGAGCCCCUGGGAGAUGAAGCCAGCCCCUCCGGGGAGGCUUUCCCCCUGUCCUCGCUGGCCAACCUGUUCGAGGGGGAGGACGGCGGGACACCCGUCCAGCCCGGAGCGGGGCCGCCUCCGCCCGCCCCGGGAGAUGCCAAGCAGAACCUGCGCAUGAAGCUCCAUGGGGCCUUCCGCAAGGGCGUGUCCAGCCCCAUGGACCUGCUGGAGGCCACCAUCUACGAGUCCUCCGUGGUGCCCUGCCCCAAGAAGGCGCCCAUGGACUCGCUCUUCGACUACGGCACCUACCGUCACCACCCCAGCGACAACCGGAGAAGGCGCAAGAAGCUAGUGGAGAAAGAGAUCCCCAGCGUCAAGGCCCCGGCCCCCCACCCACCCCCCAUCCUCAAAGUCUUCAACCGGCCCAUCCUCUUUGACAUCGUGUCCCGGGGCUCCACCGCCGACCUGGACGGCCUCCUCUCCUUCCUGCUGACCCACAAGAAACGCCUGACUGACGAGGAGUUUCGGGAACCCUCCACGGGCAAGACUUGCCUGCCCAAGGCGCUGCUCAACCUGAGCAACGGCCGCAACGACACCAUUCCCCUGCUGCUGGACAUCGCCGAGCGCACCGGAAACACCCGCGAGUUCAUCAACUCCCCCUUCCGCGACGUCUACUACAGAGGCCAGACCGCGCUGCACAUUGCGAUCGAGCGUCGCUGCAAACAUUACGUGGAGCUGCUGGUGGCCCUGGGAGCCGACGUGCAUGCCCAGGCCCGCGGACGCUUCUUCCAGCCCAAGGAUGAGGGGGGCUACUUCUACUUCGGCGAGCUGCCCCUGUCCCUGGCGGCCUGCACCAACCAGCCGCACAUCGUCAACUACCUGACGGGCAACCCGCACAAGAAGGCCGACCUGCGGCGGCAGGACUCGCGCGGCAACACGGUGCUGCACGCGCUGGUGGCCAUCGCCGACAACACCCGCGACAACACCAAGUUCGUCACCAAGAUGUACGACCUGCUCCUGGUGCAGUGCACCAAGCUCUUCCCCGACAGCCACCUGGAGACCGUGCUCAACAACGACGGCCUCUCCCCGCUCAUGAUGGCCGCCAAGACCGGGAAGAUCGGGGUGUUCCAGCACAUCAUCCGGCGGGAGGUGAAGGACGAGGAGGUGCGACACCUGUCCCGCAAGUUCAAGGACUGGGCCUAUGGCCCCGUCUACUCCUCCCUGUACGACCUCUCCUCCCUGGACACCUGCGGCGAGGAGGCCUCCGUGCUUGAGAUCCUUGUGUACAACAGCAAGAUCGAGAACCGCCAUGAGAUGUUGGCCGUGGAGCCCAUCAACGAGCUGCUGAGAGACAAGUGGCGCAAGUUCGGUGCCGUGUCCUUCUACAUCAGCGUGGUCUCCUACCUCUGCGCCAUGGUCAUCUUCACCCUGACCGCCUACUACCGCCCGCUGCAGGGCCCGCCCCCGUACCCUUAUCAGACUCCCGUGGACUACUUGCGCCUGGCCGGGGAGCUGGUGACCGUCUUCACAGGCGUCCUCUUCUUCUUCACCAACAUAAAGGACCUGUUCAUGAAGAAAUGUCCUGGGGUGAACUCGCUCUUCAUCGACGGCUCUUUCCAGCUGCUCUACUUCAUCUACUCGGUGCUGGUGAUGGUGUCGGCCGGGCUGUACCUGGGCGGGGUGGAGGCCUACGAGGCCGUCAUGGUGUUCGCGCUGGUCCUGGGCUGGAUGAAUGCCCUCUACUUCACUCGCGGCCUCAAGCUGACCGGAACCUACAGCAUCAUGAUCCAGAAGAUCCUGUUCAAGGACCUGUUCCGUUUCCUGCUGGUCUACCUGCUAUUCAUGAUCGGCUACGCCUCAGCCCUGGUGUCCCUCCUGAAUCCCUGCCCGGGCAGGGAGGCCUGUCCCAGGGACCAGUCCAACUGCACGGUGCCCACCUACCCGUCCUGCCGGGACAGCGAGACCUUCAGCGCCUUCCUGCUGGACCUGUUCAAGCUGACCAUCGGCAUGGGGGACUUGGACAUGCUGGGCAGCACCAAAUACCCGGUGGUCUUCGUCGUCCUGCUGGUCACCUACAUCAUCCUGACCUUCGUCCUCCUGCUCAACAUGCUUAUCGCUCUCAUGGGGGAGACCGUGGGCCAGGUGUCCAAACAGAGCAAGCACAUCUGGAAGCUACAGUGGGCCACCACCAUCCUGGACAUCGAGCGCUCCUUCCCCGUGUUUGUGAGGAAGGCCUUCCGCUCCGGGGAGAUGGUCACCGUGGGCAAGGGCGUGGAUGGCACGCCGGACCGCCGCUGGUGCUUCAGGGUUGACGAAGUCAACUGGUCGCACUGGAACCAGAACCUGGGCAUCAUCAAUGAAGAUCCGGGCAAGAACGACACCUACCAGUAUUACGGCUUUUCCCACACCGUGGGCCGGCUCCGGCGAGAUCGCUGGUCCACCGUGCUUCCCCGAGUGGUGGAACUGAACAAGAACUCGCACCCGGACGACGUGGUGGUCCCGCUGGACCAGCUGGGGGGCUCGGCCGCCCCCGCCCCGGGACGCAGCAGUUACCCAGCCACCUGGAGGACAGAGGAUGCGCCUCUUUAGGGGGCACUGACGA